AAAGAAACAAAACGAUCAUUUACAUAGAAGGUUAAAACAUUUGAGUUUUAGCCCGUGAUUGACCAUUAAUUUAUUACAUGUUUUCUUUUAAUUUAAUCACAGUGUUUUUAAUUUAUGUCUUAUCUCAAUUUUAUUCUUAAAAAUGGGUAUUCAAGGAUUGCUUUCAUUUCUGGACAAAGCUUCAAGACCUGUGAAUAUUUCAGAGUUUUCUGGUUGCACAGUUGCUGUUGACACUUAUUGUUGGCUACAUAAAGGAGCUUUUUCAUGUGCGGAAAAAUUAGCAAGAGGAGAACAAACUGAUCAGUAUGUAAACUACUGCAUGAAGUAUGUAAAUAUGCUGUUGUCUUUCAACAUAAAACCAAUUUUAGUCUUUGAUGGUCGUCAUCUACCUGCUAAGGCUGAAACAGAAAAGAAGAGGAGAGAAUUACGAGAAAGUAAUAGGAAACGUGCAGCUGAACUGUUGAGAUUAGAACGAGAUUCUGAAGCAAGAACACUUAUUCAGCGAUGUGUAGAUGUUACUCAUGAAAUGGCUUCUAAUCUAAUGAAGCAAUGUCGUGCUCAAGGAGUUGAUUGUAUUGUUGCUCCUUUUGAAGCGGAUGCUCAAUUAGCAUAUAUGAAUCUGACAGGAUUUGCUCACAUUAUAAUAACAGAAGAUUCAGAUUUAAUGUUAUUUGGGUGUAAGUUGGUACUUUUUAAAAUGGAUUUGAAUGGAAAUGGUGUUUUAAUUGAACAGCAGAAAAUUCCUUUAGCCAUGAAACAACACCCAAAUCAGUUUUCAAUGGACAAGUUCAGAUACAUGUGCAUUCUUUCAGGUUGUGAUUACCUCAAAUCUCUUCCAGGAAUAGGACUGGCUAAAGCCUGUAAAUUCAUCAAGAAAACAGCAGAUGAUAAUAUUAAAAGGGCACUCACAAGGUUAGGAGCAUAUUUAAAUAUGCCCAACUUAAUAGUGACUGAAGACUACAGAGAUAAGUUUGUUGAAGCUGACCAUAUGUUCAAGUAUCAGCCUGUCUUUGACCCUUUGACUCGAAAAGUAGUUACUCUGAAUCCUCUUCCAGAUAAUAUUGACAGUCCUUUGGCAGAUUCCCUCAGUAGAGAAACUAGUUAUCAGCUAGCUCUUGGCAAUCUCAAUCCUUUUACUCUGAAGCAGGUCGAUUCCUGGAAUCCAGACGAACCACAGGCCAUUAAAACCAAUGGUUGGAAAACUACUGUUCAAAGGCAUAAAAGUAUUUGGUCUAAGGAUUACCAACUCCCUCCUCCUCUUCCUCCUAAGAAAGACCCACGAGAUGUAUCUCGGCCAACUACCAAAGGUAAAAUAGCCGUGCAGCCUAUUUCUACUUUAACUGAGAAAAUUGCAUCUUUGCCUUCAAAAUCUGACAUUGGAGAAGAAAUUAGUAAAUUACGUGAAUCCUAUGGAUUUAAAACACCUAUUGCAAAUAAAUUAUCAGAAUCUGAUAAAAAGGUAGAAAGUAAUGAUGUUGCGAUCAAUGAAACAGAAGAUAUAUUUCAAGGAAUUCUUAGAACUCCUGAAAAAUCUCAUCCAAAAGAUAGCAUGGAAUUUACUUUAGAUGAUAUAUUAGGUGGAGAUGGCUCCCCUAUAUUAGAAGGAAAAGUAUGGCGAAAUCCUUUUUCGUCUUCUAAUCAGAAUAAAAAAGAAAAACAGUUAAACAAACCAGGUGGUGCUCUUGAUCGGUUUUCAAAACUCAGAAGGACUGUUGUUGAAGAAGCUUGUAUUGUACAGAGCAGGUAUUUUGGUAGUCCUGUUGAUCCAAAACCAGCUUCUCAGAAAGCCAUUACCCAAGAGGCAAGUAUAGGUUUAAGUCAAUCAUUAGAAGACAUUAUGGUCAGUCCGCUUCGUCAGAUAGAUGAAACUGAAAAGUUGAAUACAACCAGAAUACAAAAGACACCUGAUAGAAAUGCUUUUUCAGUAACAAAAAUAAUAAAGGAAACUGAGAAAACAAAUCGGGAAAAUAGAAUAUUAUGUUCUCCAAACAAAAAUACAUUUUCAAUAACAAACAUAAUUGAUAAUGAUAUAUUGAACACAACAAAUAUUGCUUCAUCUUCUCCUAGAAAAAAUAUUUUUUCUGUUACAAGCACAACUGAUAACCAAACUUCUGUUCCAAAGCCUCAAAGCUUCUUAAAUAUUAUUGAUUCUCUCUCAAAGAACGCUGAAACUGAUGAACCCUCCAAGAAUGAAAAACCAGUAAAGAAAUUAAGCAGCCCCUCUUUUAAAUGGAAGCAACCUCUUUUAGACUUCUCGUUUAAAAAGGGUACACCCGGAAGUGAUAAAAAAACCCAUACAUCUCAGAACCCUCAGGCUAGGUUAAGUGGUACAGCUGGUAAAAGCCCUAAUGUUAAGAAGAGAGCUGGUAGCCUAUUAGAAAAGAACAACUUGAAAAGAAAAAGUACUGAAAAUGGGGUAGCACAACAAUCACUUUUUGACAUGUUUGCCUUUAAACCCAAGUCUAAAUUGAAAAUGCAAUAAUGGGGAUUGAAACAAGACUGAAGAGAAAGAUGUUUAUAUUUAUUAAAUAUUUUAUGUAAACAUUGUAUAGAAAAUACAGCACUUUUUAUAAUUAAUAUUAAUAAUUACUGCAUUGGUUUAUAAAACUGUAAAUAAAUGUAAUUUGAUAAAUUUUUUCAUGGAGUUCUGGUUCUGUAUAUAGUGAUAUUGAAUAAUGUUAAUUUUUGUAUAAAAAUAAAUUAUUGCUGAUAAUGUACAAUUCUUUAUAAAUAGUGUUUUUUAUUUAAAAUGG